CGAGAAACCGCAACGGAGUUAGAAGCUGCCUCCUCGACCUAUUUUAAAACACGUACAUAUACUGAGACGCAGUGAUGGACCAGAAUAAAGUCUAUGGUUGGUAGUGGGAUCUUCUUUUCUUCAUCACAUGAGGGAGGGGGUAGCCUGCCUUACUGCCCUCUUCACAGAUACCUGCCUCAUCCUUGGAGGGAAACAAUCCUUGGUCAUAGGAAAUCCGCCUCUCCUGAUUUGAGGAAAAUGUUUCACCCUGGGAGAGAGAACCAUCAGACUGGACCAAGGGAUGUCUCUAACUCCAAUGUGGUAAAACUCAGCAAUAAGCUCAAAGCCACCCUGAAGAAAAAGUACCAAAGUCCGCCAGGGGGGGAAACUGAGCAUCCAUUUUAUAUUCAUUGUGAUGUCCAGUAUCCACCUGGUGAAAGUGGAGAGGUGAACCAACAUGAGUACAUUCAAAUUAAGCCAACUUUCAGGAAGAGACACCAAUGGAGAUGCUCACCCUUGAGCUUAUACUUUGAUUCUGAACUAGACGACGAGCGAGUCAGAAUAGCGCUGACAAAGGGCGUCUCUGGUAUUGGCAAAACAAGCCAGGUGCGGAUGAUUAUUCUUAACUGGGCAGAGGGAAAAGGAAACCAGCAAUGUACUCUCAUAUUUCCCCUUCCUUUCCGGGAGCUGAAUUUGCUGAAGGAGAGACUGAGUCUGAUUGAACUUCUUUACAAGUUUUUCCCAGAAUUGAAAGAACCUGGAAUUUACAACUUGGAGAACUUCAGAGUUGCGUUCAUUCUUGACGGGCUGGAUGAAUUUCGACGUCCUCUCGACUUCAAGAACAGCCCGAUAGUAACCGAUGUCACAGAUCCCUCCUCCGUGCCAGCACUGCUGACAAACCUCAUUAAUGGUAACCUUCUUCCCUCCGCCGCUCACAUAUGGAUUACCUCUAGACCUGAAGCAGUCCAUCACAUCCCUCUUCAGUACAUCAACGAAGUGACAGAAAUCGAAGGCUUCAUGGACUCUCAGAAAGAGGAGUUCUUCAGGAGAGCAAUCAUUCACACGGACCAGGCCAAUGCAAUUAUCCACCACUUGAAGUGCUCAAAAAGCCUCUAUGUUUUGUGCCAGAUACCUAUUAUCUGUUCGAUUUCUGCAUCAGUCCUCGUUAGACAGACAUGGCUAUCCGAUAAAGAAUGUGACCCCGGAGCUCUGACUCCAAUGUACACUGACCUACUCGCCCUGUUGCAAACACAGAAUCAGAAUACACAAAAGAUGGCUAUUAAAUUGGGGGAACUAGCUUUUAAGCAGUUGGUGAAAGGCAACACGGUUUUCUACAGGGAAGACCUACAAGAGUGCGACAUUAACUGUGAUGAGGGGUCAGAGUUUGCAAAAGUAAGCAUACCCAUCUUCAGGGAGGAUAUUGGGCUGCACCAAAAGAAGAUCUACUACUUUGGGCAUACCACCAUUCAGGAGUUCUUUGCUGCAAUGUGGUUUAAUCGAUCCUGCAACAGCCUAGAUGAAAACCUGAGGAAUGCAGUGGACAUGGCCUUGCAGAGCAAAAACGGAAAGCUGGACCUCUUCCUCCAGUUCCUCCUCGGCUUCUCGCAGAGCUUCAUCCAGUCAAUCGCAAAGGCCGGCUACAACUCGUCGGAGACACUGACUGAAACGGUAGAGUAUAUCAAGAAGAAGGUUAUGGAGAAUCCCGCUUCACCGAGGACCCUCAACCUGCUGAACUGCCUGACGGAACUGGGUGACAGCUCUUUAGAAACUGAUGGUGUGAGCUUUUUCAAUACGGGAAUCCCCCCAGAUGCCAAAUACCCACGUGCACAUUGGUCUGACCUGGCCGCUGUGUUAUUGGCAUCGGAGUCUGGGCCAAUAGACAUGCUUGGGUUGGAAGUAAAGAAGAGAGGAGACGAGGAACUUCUGAGGAUGCUGCCAGUGAUCAAAGCUUCCCAGACAGCCACGCUGUCAUAUCACAAACUAACAGAGAAAUCCUGUGAAUGUCUGGCCUCGGCGCUCACCUCAAAGGUGUCCAAUCUGAAAACUCUGAACCUGAGUUUCAACACGCUGAAGGACUCAGGAGUGCAGCUGUUGGCGGCCGGCUUGGCCAAGCCACACUGCCGACUGGAGAGACUGAAACUGUCCGGCUGCAGGGUGAAACAGAAUGGCUUUGCAGCUCUGGCCAAAGCUCUCAAAUCCAACCCCUCGCACCUGCGAGAGCUGGAUCUGAGCGGCAACGAACCGGGAGAAUCGGGGGUGUUUCAUCUCGUUGAUGGACUGAAGGUUGUCAAUUGCAAACUGCAGAUCCUGAAGCUCUCAAACUGCAAGCUGGGCCUGGAGCUGAGUCGCGCUCUGGCGGUGUUGCUGAUAGACAACCCCAGACACCUGCGAGCGCUGGACGUCAACAUGAACAACCUGGGAGACCAGGGGGUGAAGCUGCUCAUGGACAUACUGAAGUCAACCCAGAUAUACAAACUGGAGUUGUACUGUUGUCAGCUCACUGAGAAAUGCUGUGAGAACAUGUUUAGGUGUCUGGCCAACAUCCCCAGUCUGAGGGAGCUCAACCUGAGCAACAAUAACCUGAAGGACGAGGGGGUCAAGAUGCUCUGCAAAGCCUUCAGGCUGCCCACCUGUCAACUGGAGAAACUCAUUGUGGCAAGCUGUGGCAUCACCCUAGUCAGAGGGUUUCAUUUCAACUCUAUCCUCAAAGAGCUGGACCUCAGCAGGAACCAUCUGGGCGACUUGGAUGACUGGGCCGAUGUCUUGUUCUGCUUGUCUUCACUUGAGACCCUCAGGGUGAGUGACUGUAAACUGACAGAGAAAUCCUGUGGGGAGCUGGUUGAAGCUCUCAGCUCCAACCUCACCAACCUGAAAGAGCUUGAUCUCUCUGGAAACGACCUGGGAGACCGCGGUGUGAAGACUCUCUACAUGGGACUGACGUCCAGGUGUUGUACACUGGAGAGACUGUUUCUGAGAUGCUGUGGGAUCACAGUAAAGGGCUGCUCCUCCCUAGCCGUAGCCCUGAAGUCCAGCCACUCCAGCAUCACAGAACUAGGCCUGAUGGGAAACGACACGGGAGAAGAAGGACUGAGAAUUCUCUCUGACAUCAGGGACAAUCAACGCUACAAACUACAGACUCUAGAAAUCAACGAUUGAGAGAGGUCUUGACUCGCUUGAUGGGGUUCUUCUUGGCGUCUCGAUCCUCAAGUUCUGUACUCGCUCCGGUCAAAAGGUCUUCACUGUAAAGGGAACAGGAUGCUAUCUCGGACACAGACUGGGAUUUGCAUUCAGGCGACUGAAUUGAUCGCUGUACAGACUGGGAUUUGCAUUCAGACGACUGAAUUGAUCGCCGUGCAGACUGGGAUUUGCAUUCAGACGACUGAAUUGAUCGCUGUACAGACUGGGAUUUGCAUUCAGACGACUGAAUUGAUCGCUGUACAGACUGGGAUUUGCAUUCAGGCGACUGAAUUGAUCGCUGUGCAGACUGGGGUUUGCAUUCAGACGACUGAAUUGAUCGCUGUACAGACUGGGAUUUGCAUUCAGACGACUGAAUUGAUCGCUGUACAGACUGGGAUUUGCAUUCAGACGACUGAAUUGAUCGCUGUACAGACUGGGAUUUGCAUUCAGACGACUGAAUUGAUCGCUGUACAGACUGGGAUUUGCAUUCAGACGACUGAAUUGAUCGCUGUACAGACUGGGAUUUGCAUUCAGACGACUGAAUUGAUCGCUGUACAGACUGGGAUUUGCAUUCAAACGACUGAAUUGAUCGCUGUGCAGACUGGGAUUUGCAUUCAGACGACUGAAUUGAUCGCUGUACAGACUGGGAUUUGCAUUCAGACGACUGAAUUGAUCGUUGUACAGACUUAAAGAAGUCCCUAAACUUGAAAAAGUGAAUUAUAUAGAAUUUUAAAGAGUAGGAUGCCCUUUACGAUGUAACCACAUUGUCUGUACCAAACUAAAGGAUGUUACUCAGUACCUUUAACCUCAGUCAUGCUCAGUAACCUCGAAGUCCAUGCAGUACUUUUUGCACAUCAAUGUCAAGUCAAGACGUUACAGUAUAUGAUGAAGUCUUUACUGAAGAGAAGGGUGAUGCUAUGUUUUACAUAAUAACCUUAUUCCGUUUUCUUGUUUUCUUGAUGUGUCAUCAUUGGGGGACUAUGGUGGGACUGAAUAAAUGAAUAAGCCAUUUGAAGACGUUUUCACCUUUACCCAACCCCCCCCCAGACUACUCGCACAGUCUUCAACGAUACAGGUUCAAUAGAACCCUUAGAUUGGUGUGAUAUGAACAUGCUAAUGAACAGAAUGCUACUCCAGACAUCAUAGAUACAAUUGGACAAAACAUGCUAGAGCUGAAGUACAAAACUCCAUAUUGAAAGGUUUAACUUAAUAAAAUGAGGAUCUCUAUGGUUAAAUCUAUGGGCUCCUGAGUGGUGCAGCGGUCUAAGGCACCGCAUCUCAGUGUUUGAGGCGUCACUACAGGCACCCUGGUUCGAUUCCAGGCUGUAUCACAACCGGCUGUUAUUGGCCCA